AGAGAAGAAAGAAAAUGAACUUAAAGAGAAGGAGGAGAAGGAGAAGAAAGAAAAGGAACUGAAAGAGAAGGAAGAGAGGGAGAAAGUGGCUGAGAUGGACAAAAAGAUUGCAGACAAGCCUAAGGAGGUAGCAAGACAACCUGAGGAAAAAGCAGCUGUGGAGCCUGUGGAGAAAGAAGCUGAAAAACCUGUGGAGGCUGAGAAGGAGCAAGAGGAAGUUGAGGAAGACGAGAAAGCAGGUGCAGGAGCAGCAAAGGAGAUCCCAGAGACCCGUGCUGCCAUUGAAUCAGUGGUGACAGUUGAAGACGAUUUUAUCACUGUGGUCCAGACUAUUGAUGAAACGGAGGAGCCGGGACACAGUGUUCGUUUCUCUGCUCCUCCUGAGGCUGAAGCCCUUUGUGUCGCUGCCCAGAAAGAGGAAGAGGAGGAAGAGGAGGAGUCUGUGGAGUUGGCCCAAGAAGCAGAUAUUGAGGCUGCCAGUCUAGAGGAGGUGGGUGAUGUUCCUGAGACCCCCGCCUCCCCUGAGAAGGGGGCUCAAACCGUAGAAACUGAAGGACCAACAGAAAGCUACGAUAGAGAUGAAACCACAAUGGAUGACUCCAUCCUGGACAGCUCCUGGGUUGACACACAAGAUGAUGAUAAGAGUAUGGCAACAGAGCAGAUUGAGCCUUUGCCCAAGAUGUCCAGCCCAGCCAAAAAGUCUGCUGUGGUCCAGAACAAGCAGACACAACAGAAGAAGGCAGAGAAACAGGAAAAGCUGGUCAAACCAAAGGCGAAAGGAGGGCGACCAAAAGGCCGAAUCUCCACACCAGAACGCAAACCUGUCCGCAAAGAACCAGUCUACAUCCCCAAAGAAGAAGUCAAGAAGAAAAAAGCAGUGAUAAGGAAGACUGAACUUAACAAAAAAAUGGAGACUCAGACUCAAUCCCCAUCCAAGAGGAGCGUGAUGAAACCAGCUGUCCGCCAGACCCGUCCCACCCAGCACCACUCCUGUCCUAGAAGGAGACCCACAGAGGCGAUACCAGACAGUCGUCAGCCUCUCAGUGUUGCCAGACAGUCCCGCGACAGAGCAUCAGAUGGUGGGUCAUGGAGCCCUGACAAGAGGUCCUCUCUACCACGACAUGGCUCAAUUCUGAGUCGCCGUGGAUACCAUGACCAGGAGGAGAGCUCCACCUCCAUCACCAGCUCCGGCUCCACGGCUCCUCGCAGACCCACAUCAUUUCGCACAGAGAUGAGGGCAGAGCAUAGGACAGGACGAGCCCCAAGUAUGACAGUUACAGAAGCAGUGCGUUCCCGUUCAGCUCGCAGUGGCCACUCCACCCCCCGCACCCCUGGCUCCACAGCCAUCACCCCAGGAACCCCUCCCAGCUACUCGUCGUCCUCAAGGACCCCUGGAACCCCGCGCUCCCUCAGCUUGAUUUCCCAGGAGAGGAAGGUGGCUGUGGUCCGCACCCCACCCAAGUCGCCUGCAACGACGCCUAAGCAGCUCCGCAUCAUCAACCAGCCACUGCCUGACUUCAAGAACAUCAGGUCCAAGAUUGGCUCCACAGAGAAUAUCAAGUACCAGCCUAAAGGAGGACAGGUGAUGAUACAGAACAAGAAGAUAGACUUGAGCCAUGUGACCUCCAAAUGUGGCUCUCUAGACAACAUCCAUCAUCGGCCAGGAGGCGGUAAUGUGCGUAUAGAGACUGUGAAGUUGGACUUCAAAGACAAAGCCCAAGCCAAGGUGGGUUCCCUGGAUAAUGCUCACCACACUCCUGGUGGAGGCCACGUCAUGAUUGAGAGCCACAGGCUGUCGUUUCGCGACCACGCCAAAGCACGAGUGGACCAUGGAGCUGAGAUCAUCGUCCAAUCUCCGGGCCUGUCCGGCUCAGUGUCUCCCCAGCGCCAUCGGGACAGCCACCUAUCAUCCUCCGGCAGUCUCAACAUGAUGGAUUCGCCGCAGUUAGCAACCCUGGCUGAGGAUGUCACUGCAGCUCUGGCCAAGCAGGGUUUGUGAACACUGGAUCUCUGGAUACCUGCUCUGCACCCCAGACAUCCUCACCCUGAUCCCUUUCAGACUUUUCUGCCCACUUCUGCCACCCUGAGGCCAACCUCAGCUAAACCACAGCCUCUAAACAUCUCCACUUAAAGAUCCAUCACUCAACUUAUAAGUAGAGACUCGAAUUAGGAGCUACUGUAUGGUCCUCUUUAUUUCCUGUCUAUUUUAAAUCCAAAUAUGUGCUGUUUCUGAUUCAUUUAGUUGGCCUCCCUCUUUUUGAAUGAAGUUGCAUAGAAUAGUUCAGUCUGAGCACUGGUCCUAGAU